UCCAGUGUAAUAUUACGGGUUCCUCCUGUAUCACAUGACACUUCAAGAAGGUGGCCAAAGCCUGGCUUAUAGCUGCAGUGCGUCCAUUUGCUCCACCCCUCAGUAUUUUUGCUCAAGCAGUAACUGAGUAUUUUAGCUGCUUGUGGCAUUCCGUAUGGCAUUCUGUAUGCCUGUUGCGUGACCUGCACCAGACCCACCCCCAAGCACUAGGGUCUGGUAUCACUAUACCAAAUGAGGAAAAACACUCCUACAGUCCAUAAAAGCUUUCAUUAUUUAGCAGCAUUGCAGUUGUGUAUUGAAGCAUAAAAUCUGAUUAGGUUUGCAACAUGUUGAAAUGGAUCGUUUGUGACUGAAAAUAAGAUUCUGUGAGCAGUUCAUGCAAAUGUGCCUGUAAAAACCACAUCGAAUGUGGUAAGAGUUACUCUACCUUUGCUAUCUCUCUGUUAAAUCCUUAAAUCAACUUUGCAUUAAUCCUGACUGUAUUUAUAGCCAUGCUUAAGAAACCAAAAGAACAGCAAUGGGAUUAAACCUCCAGGCCAAAAAAGAAUCCAUAGUGUCCUUGACUCUGAGGCACUAAGACUGCUUCCCAUCCCAAUCUUGUCCUGGACUGAAUAGGCGUGACAUCCCCAUUUUCUGCAGCUCUCUGGAUGGAUGAGAUUCAUUUCAGGCACAACAUUGGGCAUUGGGUACAAACAAUGCCAAUUUAUUCUUGACUUGCCAUGGGAGACGGAAUAGAAUCAACAAAUCUUCUUUUGUGCAACUUCUAGUCCUCCCUCCCCCUUGCCUUCUCUCUGGAAUCGUUGUUAUGGAUCUAUCUCAGAGUGGACUCAAAAAGAAGCUGAAGAAGAGACGCUCCACAUUGUUUGCCAGGCUGAGUGAUGGCUUUGCCCGAAGCUCUGGAGGUGAAGAAAGUCCCUUUCCUUUCUCUCAGGACAGUUCUGUGAAGCCAUGGAAUUCUAUGGAGAAUUUGGAUAGCCCAGAACCUCAAGGUAAGAGUGAAGGGCCUGAAAAGGCAGAGCGUGUGAGGCCAUCAAACAUCAUGAACAUUAAUGUUGGCGGGAAAGUAUUCCGUAUUGCGAAGAGCGCGGCUCUCCAAUACCCCCAGUCUCGCAUCGGCUCACUGGCCCUGUGCACUGACAGAGUCAAGCAACUCGCACUCUGUGAUGACUAUUCGGUGCUCACUAAUGAGUUCUUCUUUGACCGUGAUCCUGCAUUCUUUCACUACAUCUUCCAUUUCUACCGGAAUGACAUUCUGUGGGUGAUGAGAGAGCUCUGCCCCAUUAACUUUGAAGAGGAAAUGACAUACUGGGGACUGAGCAUGAAGGAGACACAGUGCUGUUGCCGCAUUCUUUUUGAGGAAAAGGUGGAUGACAUUAAGGACUAUCUUAAAGUUGAAAGGGAGCUCAUAGAGGAAAUACAGCCCAAGCAGGAUGAGGAGGGCUUUGAUGGUAUGUUCCUCGGUGGUCUCCGCAAGGCCCUGUGGGACUUGAUGGAGAACCCUUACUCUUCAAUGGCUGCAAAAACCUUUGCAGUAUUUUCUAGCGUAUUUGUGAUAAUCUCUAUUGUGGCUAUGACACUCAACACUGUUACAGAACUAAAAACUUCCAAAGUUUACGGGAAGACUUAUAUGGAGUGUAUAGAGAUUGUAUCUAUUAUUUUCUUUACCUUUGAGUAUUUCUUAAGACUUCUUACAACUUGCGAUAUUAAGCACUUCCUGAAAAGUGCACUCAACUUUGUUGACCUGGUGGCAGUCAUGCCCUACUUCAUCCAGCUGAUCUUCGAGGCCUUUGCCAGUCAAGAAGAUCUGAGUGUUCAAGAAGACCUGCAAACCAUGGCACGAGUCAGCAAGGUCAGCAAAGUGUUGAAGGUGGUGAAACUCAUGCGCAUCUUCCGUAUCCUCAAGCUGGCGCGACAUUCCACUGGCAUGCGGGCGUUUGGGUUCACCGUCCGGCAGUGCAAGCAGCAGGUCUGCUGCCUCUUCCUCUUCAUCGCCAUGGGCGUCUUCACCUUCUCCGCGCUCUUGCACUCUGUGGAACAUGAUGUCCCUGGGACCCCGUUCAGCAGCAUCCCUGACGCCUGGUGGUGGGCUGCAGUAAGUAUCUCCACAGUAGGCUAUGGUGACGUGGUGCCUGUAUCCUUCCUGGGUCGACUGGUGGCAUUUGGCUGCGUCUCCUUUGGUAUAAUCCUGAACGGCAUGCCCAUCUCAAUCCUGUUUAACAAAUUCUCCGAUUACUACGCCAAACUGAAGGCACAGGAGUACACGUACAUUAAUGUGCAGCAGGGGCUGAAUCUCAGAGCUCGCUUACAGCACAAGCUCAGCAUUUGCUUUCGACCCCAAGCGGAGGAUCUGGAUGCGACCGACCGGCCUCCUCACACCUCUGUAGCGUGAAGGUGAGGGAGCGGCCACAAGGUGAAAGCUUGGAAAUUUCUCUGCACUGUAAAGACGGACGGGAAGUGCGAUCUGCAUUGCUAUGAAGAGAGAAUUAUUUUCUGUGUUGAACCUCUGAUAUCAUGACUGCUUCCAUAUCCUAUUCACUAUAAUUAAAGGCAUAUUGUGAUUUUA